AUGCCUGCAUCACAAACUGGAUUUGGCAACUUCUUCUUUGACAGAAACGUCAACAUGCCCCCUGGAUAUCAGAUACCGGCUUUGGGAUGUCCACCCGGGGUACAACAGCAACAAGCCCCUCAUCUUGCAGCUAUGGCUGGGGUCCCUUUGGCAUAUUCAGGACUGCAGGGAUACAACUUUAUCCCAUAUCCACACUACAGACACAUUGCGCACAUCGUAAGUUACUUGAGAACAGCCUAUGCUUCUAAUGGAUAAUUCAUUACAUGUACAGUUAAUGUUGUAAUCUGAAUGACUAAUAUUUCAGUAUUAGAUAAAACAGAACGUAUAACUAUGCUUGAUGCUUGCAUUUCUCGCCAAUAAAAUGUCAUGCGUAAUUACGCACUUGACAAAUCAGUAUGGCCGGUUACGCAGAAGUUUAAACGUUGUGUUUAAUAACUAUCUUGUGUUUUCAGAACAACUCCUUCGACCUGAAAACUGUCUCUCCGUAUUAUCAAGCGCUUCUCGGCCGAGGAGGGCCGUUCUACCCGCAAUACCGACCAGGCGCAACCGAUGACCCAAGCAGAGUCGCCAAGGUGGCUACGCGGGAAAGCACCAGCGCGCUCAAGGCCUGGUUGAAUGAGCAUCUCAAGAACCCAUAUCCCACGAAGGGCGAGAAAAUCAUGCUUGCCAUCGUAACCAAGAUGAGCCUCACGCAGGUGUCAACUUGGUUUGCCAACGCCAGGCGACGACUGAAGAAGGAGAAUAGGGUGAGCUGGGCGUUCAAGGGGAAAUCUGACGAGGAGGAGGGCGAAAGCGACGAGGAGGAGGGUGAUGGCUCUCUGCAGAAAAGCGCUUUGGAUGAUGAAGAAGAAAUAGAUCCUCAAACCGUCGAUAACAAGGUGGAGGAUAUUGGACAUAGAGUGGACAACUCAACGCCAGAGUUGGUGGAUGCACGCCUGGUGAAACAAUCAAGCGAUGACCAUAGAGACAGCACGCGCGCUCACGGGGAAAAUUAUGUCGAAAAGAGUGACACGGAACGCACAUCAUCCCCAUCUCCUAUAGGAUGUAAGGACAACGUUGAGUGUCAAAAGCCCAAAAUAUGGUCUUUGGCGGAAACCGCGACCUCGGAAACGGUGAAAAAGCCCCACCAGGACAAUGCGUGUCAUCCCAGGAGCACAGAAGUUGGCAAAUUCUGGUCAGAUUGGGCAUCAAGGAACAGACUGUAUAUUCCCAGAUAUACUGCUCACGAUAUUCUUUAA